AUGGACCGAGGCAGUAACUUGACGGUGCCAGCUCGUUGGGAAGACAGGAACCUUCGCAAAUACCUUAAUAAACCUGAUGUCGUGAAAGAAAGUAGGUGGAUUGGUGGUAUCUACGACUAUGGAGCCAGGUCCUGGCGGUGGGGAGGAGAUCUCCGCAAGAUGCAUUACCAAUCCUUCUCCAAGAUGAAGAAGAUGACCCCGGAGGAACUGAAGUGGUCACCUCGCAACUGCGUCGAAGCUCGUCACUACAUCUGCCAAACUAAACUGCAAAAGGUGCCAAAGGCCAAAGUGAAGGACCUGCGUCGUCGCUGGCAACGAAUGGGACAGAUCAACGAAAUCACUGCACCAAGCGUCAGUAGGGAGGUUAAUGAUCCCAUGAUGAUAAAUGACGUCACUGUGAACCCUGUACACCAUCCGAAAUCGUACGAUCUGCGCCCCAACCCCUACCCUAGAGGACAAAAGCGACACGGCACGAGGACGAACAGUCCUACCUCCAAGUAUGAUUUGAGACCGAAUGAGCUGAAGAAGCGAUCGAGGCCCAUCGUCCACCGAAGGCUCAAGAGACCGUUCCCAGGUUACACAUGGAAUCGCCGCGACCCUGAAGGCUCAUACCAACGUAACGCUGAGCUGCUCCGCUCCGGCCGCACCGGGCUCACUCCGCAGCAGGUGAACGCUCACCUCGCGCGGCUGCGACAUCUGCGAGACAAACAAGUUGCUCGGCGCAAGCGACUACGUGACGACGACUGGCUGGUGAACGAGCCCAGGCAAGCUCUCGCGCAGACCCACGCCAGGACCUACACUGUCGACAACAACAUCAGCGCCCUGCACCCCAAGACUAUCGUCGAAGAGUUCAACAUGGAGUUCCCGCACCACCCCGCUGGCCCACCCAAAUCGAACCGCAACACCGGCUAA